GCUUACUUUGAUAGUUAAUUUUAAAAACCAUAUAAAAUUCUCUCUCUCUAUAUAUAUAUAUAUAUAAACUUAUUUAUCAUCUCAUGCUUAAGUCUAUCGCUCAAUCAAGACACAAAUUUAUCAAAACACACAUACGUGAUCAUGAGCAAUCACCACCGCCAGCCCACCGCCACCAAACUAGCUCCGGUCGCCGUCGUGGCGGUGCCAUUUCCGGCACAAGGCCACCUCAACCAAAUGCUGCAGCUCUCCUCCCUCAUCUCUUCCUACGGCCUCCCCGUCUACUACGCGGGCUCCGCCCUCCACAACCGCCAAGCCCAAGUCCGCAUCAACGCCCUACACGACGUCGUCGCGAAGAUCCACUUCCACGACUUCCCCACCCCAUCCUUUCUCUCUCCUCCGCCCAACCCCAACUCCACCGACAAAUUCCCUACACAGCUCCUGCCAGCCGCGGAGGCGACGCUUGACCUCCGCCGCCCCUUUGCCGCCUACUUGAGGGAAAUGGCGGGAAAAUUCGCAAGGGUCGUGGUCGUUCACGACGCUUGGAUGUCUUUCGUGGUUCAAGACGUGGCUCAAAUCCACAACGCGGAAUCCUACGAAUUCGUGUGCAUCUCUGCUUUCUCUUCCGUCUCCUUCAUCUCCGGAUUCUUAGGGUUACCUUUCCCUGUCCCGCAUCCAAAAGAGUUGCCCCCUUUUCAAGAUUGGAUGUCGGAUGCGGCGAACAAAUUCUCUUUUCUACAAUCAGAGCCGUCCAAUCUUAGGUCUGGGACAAUCUACAACACCUCCAGAUUGAUCGAAGCCCCGUAUUUGGAAACCCUAGAGAGAGCUGAGGUAAACAAGAGCAGGCCCAUUUGGGCAAUAGGGCCAGUCCUUCCUACAUCGUCAUCACCGAAUCAAAAAUGCUUAGAAUGGCUCGAUAAGCAGGACCCAAAAUCAGUAAUCUACGUUUCUUUCGGCACCACAGUCUCGUUAUCAGACCAGCAGAUCAACGAGCUUGCUCACGGGCUAGCGCGGAGCAGAGUGAAGUUCCUAUGGGUGCUGAGAGAUGCCGAUAAAGGAGACGUGUUCGAUGGAGAUGUGAGACGAGCUGAGCUGCCGGAAGGGUUUGGAGAGAGAGACGGGAUGGUAGUGAGAGAAUGGGCGCCGCAGCCGCAGAUCUUGGCCCAUCCCUCCGUCGGCGGGUUCAUGAGUCACUGCGGGUGGAAUUCUUGCAUCGAGAGCAUGACGGCAGGAGUGGCGAUCGCAGCUUGGCCUAUGCAUUCCGACCAGCCCAGAAACGCUGCAUUGAUUGCAGAUGUAUUGAAAACGGGGAUUGUAGUGAGAGAGUGGAAGGACAGAUUGAAAGUAGUGAAAGCGUCGAGGAUUGAGAAUGUUGUAAGAAUAUUAAUGGCGUCGGAAGAAGGGGAUCAGAUUAGGAAGACGGCAGAAGAGCUGGGCGCCACCAUGAGGAGGGCGACGGAGACGGGUGGCGCUUCGCGGAUUGAGUUGGAUUCGUUCAUUGCCCAUAUCACAAGAUAGAAGAACUUCUUUCCACCACAAUUAAUCCUACUAUAUACGAAUGCUCCAGUAUUUGAACUAAUGUAUCGACCCGUGCCUUGCAUUCUUAAAUUUUUUAUAAGGGUAAAUAUCAUGAAAACCCUUGAACUAUACUUAC